GAGUAAAUAUUAGUAGCUCUUUGUGAGGAAAAAAAUAACAAUUACAAUAUAAAACUGCAUUAAAAACGCACAAAAAGUUGCAGUGAAUAAUAAACUCGUAUUUAACAGAUUCCAAAAAUAGGUUAGAUUAAAUUGAACAUGCACCGAUUGCACUGUGUAGAAAUAUUGAUCUUUUAUAACAAAAUAUAGAAUAUUUUCCUAGUAAAAAUAUUAACACUAUUAAGGUCAAAAAGGGAACAAAUGAAAAUAAUUAUUUUGCAAUAAUUGUUAUUUUUAACAGUAAUUAAUUUUGUUUCAGUGGCAGAGUAGGAAUUGAAGAUGUCUAGCAGUGGAUACACAUGCAUUAGAACGGUGUUUUGUUUUGUAAACGUGCUAUUUUGGGUGACUGGUUGUAUACUAGUUGGUAUAGGAAUAUGGCUUCGAGUCAGUUAUGAAGGCUAUGCCACACUAUUGCCUCAGUACGCCUUACUUAGCGCCGACGCCGUAGCCAUUGUUGUGGGGACACUUACGAUAAUACUGUCCUUUUUUGCUUGCUGUGGAUCAUGGCUGCAAAGCAGAUGCAUGCUGAUAACUUACUUCACUCUAGUAGUGUUGAUGUUCGUAGCCGAAUUCUUGCUGGGAUCGCUUGCUUUCGUUUACAGAGAUAGCAUCAAACACACUCUCACGGAAAAACUACAAGAUGGCUUGAUGCACCACUACAACAUGAGUAGUUCCCCUAAUAAUUUAGUGGAAACAUGGGAUGAAAUACAUACCACUUUUAAAUGUUGUGGAGUAACAAGCUACAUGAACUGGCACAUGAUAGACGCCUGGCCAGAAAACCGAUGGGUACCUGACAGUUGUUGUUUGCCAGCGGAUUAUGGACCAGGUUGCGGAAGAAAACCUAAUGAAAGCAUUUAUGAACCCGGCUGUUACGAAAAGAUUUAUAGUUGGUUUAAGGAUAGACUGCUGGUUGUGGGUUUGUUGGGACUAUCAGUAGCAUUUGUUCAGUUAUUUGGUUUGAUAGCUUCAAUGCUGCUAUUCUGUACAGUGAAAUACAAGCGAAGGUCGCGAACAUACAAGUCGUACCAGUAGGUUACACUUGUAGUCUCUGAAUCUCAAAGAACAUGCAUUUUGAUGUAAUGUGAUAUCAAAAAGAACUGAUUUGUUUUAUUUUGCAACUUAACUUAUUUUUUCUUUAAAAUAUAUUACCUAUACAUUCAUAGGUAAACCUAUCUAUACUUUGUUUUAUAAAUCUUAGUUAAAAAUUAAGGUAUGUAAAUACUUUAGUUUAAAACAAUCUUUAUUUUAGAUUACCUCACUAAAACUUCAUUUUAAAUUAGUGUAAAUAGAUUAAAGAUACUUUUUCUAAGCCAGUAAUCUACCCUUGUUUCCGUUUUAAAUAAAUUAUUUUGUUAUAAA